UGACAGUCAUUUUCGACACAACACGCCAAAAAUGCGCAUGAAAAAGAAAGUUUUUGAUAAACUUCAGUUGGCGGAUGUGAGGUUGUCUUGGAGAUUAAUUGGUGAAGAGGUUCUUAAAAAAUUCACAGGUGAAUAUGUGACCCCAGUACCCAGCUUUCAAACCUCAAAAUGCCCGUGUGGCCCUGGAUACGUAAUUCUGUCAAAAUUCCGAUCGUUCAAGAGUUGGCUGCAUAGAGACCCCCCUAGGCGUGUCUUCACGGAGUGUCUUUGGGAUUUCCAACCAUCAGGCCCCAACAAGCCAGAUUCCGUACAGAUGAUUCCGGUAACCACUGUUUGUGAUCGUCCGUCGUCCACCUUUCAAUUUGUAGUCUCGCGUAAGAGGAAGCAUAAAACAAAGACCAUUAAAGUUACUUUCCACGGCAAGAAAAUAACACAACUUGAUCUCCACAAACACAAGCUGCAGAAUCGGAAAGUCGCAACACUUCUCUUUGAUGAUACUGGAUUCGAUUCUUUUUCGCUACACAUGGUGAGUAGAGUUUUCUUGAUAGACCGAGGGCGGAUCGAGGUGUGGGUGGAUAACGAUCUGGACUUUAUCGAUAUUACCGACCAAAGUCCAGUUGGUUUUCAGAUGUGUCAUCUCUGGCUAGAUGAAACAAACGACGGGGAUCGCUUCAUCGAUGGCAUUUCUAACGUCAAGUCCAAAAAUUUCAAAGCAACAUGGCUGAAUAGAGAAAAUUAUAAACAAAUCCUGCGUAAUUUUAUCCCAAAUCAAGGGAAAUACGGUAGCGAGGCAGGUGACAUAAACUGAUUUAAACCCAUCCUUUCUUGGAAAACAGACUUCAUUUUGUGAUGUUUUAAUAAUUUUAUUCAGUUAAAAAAAACAGCAACAUAUAUUUGUUGCCUAACAGAUGUACAUGAACAUAAGUAGAAAAAAAAUAAGUAAAAAUAUCAAAUUCUUGUCACCGAAGACUGAACUGAAAAUUGCUACAAUGAACACCAAAGAAAUAAAAACAAAAUUGUUGCUGAUAGUCAGCUAUCAGUACAUGAACAACAUUGCAUGGCACAUUAUUUAAACAAAUAACAAUAUCUAACAAUGCAAAUCAACACAGUAUGGCGGGGUUUUCAUUUACAAACAUAAAACAAAUAUGAUAUGUCAAUGUUGGUAUUUUAUAUAAAUGCAUCAAUUACUAAUUGUGAAUAAAAAAAAACAGCUUUUAUGUCUCUAGUAUAUACUAUAUUUAUUUGUUCCUAAAUCAAAAAAGUCUCGAAGAUU